GGCAGACAGCGGCUGGCAGCUCAUAAGGUACCUCGUCUGUUCACAGAAUUAGUUCAGUCUGAUGUUAGGAACAAGAAAACAAUCCAGGGCAACAACGUUGGUACAUAUUUACCACGUACCGCAGUCUGGAGCCAUUUUUUAUUUAACUUCAUCAGUUUGGAGAUUUGCAAUGCAGAGGAACACUUUGGUCUUGCUUUCAGAUUCAGCAUAUCCAGAUUGUGAAGCCAAGCAGAGACAUUAAGUCUGAGAGGCUUUUUCUGGAGGACUGCAGGUGGAUUGCAAGCAGAAUUUGAGACCUCCUUGGCAGGACUUCUCCACAGACACUCUGAUCUGCCCUGACAGAUCUUGCUGAAGAGAAACGGAGAGUACAGUAACGAUGGUUCUGUUGGAGGGAACGGAGCUAGAUGACAGAAGAGGCCGUGUCUGGUUGCGGCCUUUCACCCAUCAGGUUGGGGGCCAUGCCGGAAUUAUGUGCUACGACAAGACCACCAUUUGCAAGCCCCUCGUGUCUCAAGAACAGGUUUUCUACGAGUCACUUCCUGCGGAUCUGCGACCAUUCACAGCGCAAUACAAAGGUCUUAUCUCAGUGUAUGCAGAGACGGACAGCAGCGGCCAGUUGGGUUUGGUUGCUUUUUCUCAGAAUGAUAAUGACAGCCUAGCGGUACAGACUUUGGCAACUAAGAGAAAGCACAAAAGAGGCAGAAACGGCCUUUCUGAAAAACUUCUACUUGAGGAAAGUCACUUCUUAGGAAAAAGCUGCCAUGACAGAAGCAAUGGCUGCAUCAAAGUAAGCAGUUUCUCCAUAAACCUGGUGCAGGACUCAGACACAGCCUACCAAAUGGAGGAUCCAAACGGUAACAAGAAUGACAUUCAAGAAAGAAACAGCCAUAACCCUUGGGGGCUCCACUGUCUUCGUACUCUGCUUUCACAUAUGACUAGCGAGUUCACUGAAAACAAGUUAUUCAGGUUUGUCCUGUUAGAGAAUGUGGUGUCCCAGUUUCACCAGCCCUGCAUCCUGGAUCUAAAGAUGGGUACCCGACAACAUGGUGAUGAUGCCUCUGAAGAGAAGAAGAAGCGGCACAUGAAAAAAUGUGAGCAGAGCACUUCUUCUUCGCUGGGACUGCGUCUAGGUGGCAUGCAGGUAUACCAGGCAAAGUCUCACCACUUUCACUGCAGAGACAAAUAUUAUGGCAGAACACUGACAGAAGAAGGUUUUCAGCAGACGCUAUACCACUUUCUACAUGAUGGCCACCGCUUGAAGAAAGAGCUAAUUGAUCCCAUUCUGCAGAAACUCUUAUGUCUUAAAUCCAUCAUUGAACGUCAAGGCUCUUACCGAUUCUACUCGAGCUCCUUGCUUAUCAUAUAUGAGGGAAAACAUCAGAGUAACAGCAACCUCGGACAUCGAAAAGGGAGUCCUGCCGGCUAUUCUACAGAGCCGCCACCACCAAGCACAAUGCCAAAGGUGGAUGUGCGCAUGAUAGAUUUUGCUCACACUACCUAUAAGGGGGCCAGAAACAAUACGACCACAUAUGAUGGGCCUGACCUGGGGUACAUAUUUGGAUUACAGAAUCUAAUUCACAUUCUACGGAAGAUCAAGGAUGGUGACUGACAAAGGCUAACUCUGACACAGUGACUUUCAUUUUUUUCUCUUUUAACCAGCACCUAUUAUCAUACUUGCAGCACUGAAACAACAGUGGCUGCCUUCAGAAAAUGUUAGGGCAUGCCUUAUUGACUAUGUAUUAUCAAUCUGCCAUAUCUGUGCUUUCAGCAUGAUAUAUAUUCUGGCUUGGUUCAUAUAAAUGGCAAAAGGUGGCUCACAGGUUAAACAUAAGAUAAGAGGGUGAGCUGUAAGAGGACAUUGAAAAGGACUGUGAGAAUGGGUUGCAUAUGUUAAAGGUUAAACAUUUUAUCAGUAUGCUUGGAGACAUGUAUAAUACAAAUAAUUAAAAACAACGCAAUACAUCGAAGGAGAAGUGCGCAAGGGUUUAACAAAUGCAGACCUUAUAAAGCAACAAGCACAAAUAAAAGAUGUUACAGAAUAUAAAUAUGUCAACCAAGGAAGGCCUUUAAGUAUAAACGUUGCAACAGGACCUGGAAAUCACAGCUUGAAUCCUUGAAUAACAAACAGUAUCCAGUUUACGAAAUUCUUCUGAAAGGGACUGAAAAGGAUUGUAACUUUUUUAAAGUAAGCAGUAGAUUAUGGACCAAUGGAACAUCUGCAAUACAGAAAGGAGAGUGCUUUAUUUCAUUCCUCUGACUUUGUGUCAACUGAAACAGAAAUCCAUCCGUUUUCAAACCUACUUAAUCCAAUUCACAGUAGCAGUCACCUCUAAAAUGUAGAUGGGACAUGUUCUCUGUAUUAGUCAUAGGUAUGCUUCUCAUUUAGUAAUAAAGGAAUAAAUAAAUUGCAGCUGAGGUGGUACACUGGUUAGCACUGCUGCUUCACAGUCGUCUGUGUAGAUUUUUCUGCUGAUGUUCAGGUUAGAUAAACUGGUGAAUAUAUGUGCCCUAUGAUAUACUGGCCAUCUGCUCAGGACUGUCUCCUGCCUUGGGCCCAGUGCUGCCAGGAUAGGUUCUGCUCUACACAAACCUGUUGGAGUAAGCAGGUUUUUAGAAGGAAUAUGUGAAUACAUUGAAAUUUCAUUCUUUAGGAGUGUUUCUUAACCGGGGGAUCCUGUUUCCUCUCACAUCCUAAAGUUAGACUGACUGACAACUCUAAAUCAGUUCAAUGUGAGUGAUCAUGGAUGCAUGUGUGCACCCUGUGGUGGUCUGGAACCCUGUCCAGGAUUGGUUUCGGCCUUGACGCAGUACUCCUGGAUUAGCUCCAGACACCCAAAAGCCUGAGAAUCGCUCAGGCGACUUGAGAAAAUGUGUCGAAGUGUAGAAUUACACCUGAAAAUGUGUUUGCGAUGAAAAUGUAAGUACGUAUGAAAAAAAAACUUUUACCAUUUAAACAAUUUUACACUUUAUGAUUAAAAAAAAUUACAAAAAUAUAAUGUGUCAUUUUCUUCACAUCUAAUGAUUUUAAACAACCCUUUCCCUCUCUCUUUUGCCAGUGUUUUUGAGAUCACAUUCAUUUAUCUUUUAAAUGAUUACUGGUUUGCAGCAGUGUGUUACUGUUAUUGCCGUAAACAUUGUGGGGUUUUCUGUAGCGUGGCAGAAAUAAACUCCACUGAAAAUGAA